AUGGGUAAUGAAAUUAAUGCUAAAUUGCAUUCUGUUCUUGCGGCUUUUAACAUUACUGACAAGAUUCUUUGUGCUACUACCGAUGGAGAACUCAGACAAUCAGUUGGUGAAGGUGAAGCAACUUGUAAAAUUCCACAGGAUGUUUCAACCCACUGGAACAGUACUUAUCUUAUACUUUCAACCUACAUAACUAUGCCUACAAUGAUUUCAGCUAUAAUUAGACGCAAUAAAAGUCUUAAUAAAUUUAAAUUCAUCCCACAAAAAGAAACCAAUCUUCAAGCCACAGCACAGUUUCUUAAGCCAUUUUAUGACACUACUAACAUUCUUUCUAGUAGCACAUAUAUGACUUUAGAAAUUUUAAUUAUACUUAUCAAAGAUAUUGUCAAUAAUAUUUCAUCAUGCAUUCAAAAUUUAGAAAGUCCAGAAUUUCUCGAAAUAGCUGCAACUCAAAUGUCUGAAAAA